UGGAUUAGCAAUAAAAAUCAGCUGUUCAGCACGUUUUAACGCGGACAACAAAAGAAGGGAGAAGAAAAUCCUUAACUAGAGCCACUAAAUAUAAUACACAUUCAAACAAAAAUGUCGGGUGCAACCAAAUCAACAGGCAGCAGCAGUUCCACGUCUGCAGCGGCAGCAUCAUCUGGUGCAUCUUCUUCAGGGAAUCCAAAUGUCCAGGAAUUUAAAAUUCGUGUGCCGAAAAUGAGAAAAAAGCAUCAUGUUAUGCGUUUCAAUGCCACUUUAAAUGUGGAUUUCGCACAGUGGCGAAAUGUUAAGCUGGAGCGGGAGAACAAUAUGAAGGAAUUUCGCGGCAUGGACGAAGAUCAACCGAAAUUUGGCGCCGGAUCUGAGUACAACAGGGAUCAGCGCGAAGAGGCGAGGCGCAAAAAAUUUGGAAUCAUUGCCCGAAAAUAUAGGCCCGAAGCACAGCCCUGGAUUUUAAAGGUGGGCGGUAAAAUGGGCAAAAAGUUUAGGGGAAUACGAGAAGGUGGAGUGGGUGAAAAUGCCGCGUUUUAUGUUUUCACCCAUGCGCCGGAUGGUGCUAUUGAAGCUUAUCCACUGAAUGAAUGGUAUAACUUCCAACCCAUUCAACGUUACAAAUCAUUGUCAGCAGAAGAAGCGGAACAGGAGUUUGGCCGGCGUAAGAAGGUCAUGAACUAUUUCUCUCUCAUGUUGAGGAAACGUCUUCGGGGCGAUGAAGAAGAAGAACAGGACCCAGAGGAGACUAAAUUAAUAAAGGCUGCCACUAAGAAGUCAAAGGAAUUGAAAAUAACCGACAUGGAUGAGUGGAUUGAUUCCGAGGACGAGUCGGAUUCGGAAGAUGAGGAGGAGAAGAAAAAGAAGAAGGAACAAGAAGAUAGCGAUGAUGAUGGCAACAAAAAGGGCAAAGGGAAGGGGAAGGCUGGAGAUAAAAAGAAAAAGAAAAGGGAUGUAGAUGAUGAAGCAUUUGAGGAAUCUGACGAUGGCGAUGAAGAAGGUCGCGAAAUGGACUAUGAUACUAGUUCCAGUGAAGAUGAGCCUGAUCCUGAAUCCAAGAUGGUCAAGGAUAUGAAGGGAGUGGCUGAGGAGGACGCUUUGCGUAAACUCCUUACUUCGGACGAGGAAGAAGAUGAAGAAAAGAAAUCUGAUGAAUCUGACAAGGAGGAUGCUGAUGGCGAGAAAAAGAACAAGAAAGAUAAAAACAAGGAUGACGAUAAAAAGGACAGUAAAAAGAAAAAGAAACUUUCUAAAGACGACCGGAAAUCAAAGACAAAUGGAGGUAGUGGCAAUGAUUCAUCCACAGAUUUUACAUCAGAUAGCACCGAUUCCGAAGAUGAUCUCAGCAAUGGGCCUCCGAAAAAGAAGGCCAACGCUUCUUCCUCAGCCAAUAAAGAAAAAGAAAAGGAGAAGGAAAAGGACAAUGGCAAUAGCAACAGCAGCCAGCGUAAACCCGUUGCUAGCACUAGCUCCAAUGCCAACAAAUCUCGUUCUGUCACACCCACUCUUGGCAAUGAGGCCAAUAAGCGCAAAGUUAUGAACAGCCUACCAAGUGAUCUAACUGGCUCGGAUACCAGUAAUAGCCCCAAUAGCACGCCAGCAAAACGACCCAAAAAUGAGAUUAGUAACUCUUUGCCAUCGACGUUUGCUGGUGUUGUUAACAACAAAGCAGAGGAUUAUGGCAUCACCGAAGAAGCUGUGCGUCGGUAUCUGAAACGAAAACCCUUGACAGCCACGGAACUGUUGACCAAGUUUAAGAACAAAAAAACUGGUGUCUCUAGUGAUCGUCUGGUUGAGACCAUGACAAAAAUUUUAAAGAAAAUCAAUCCCGUUAAGCACACUAUUCAAGGGAAAAUGUAUUUGUGGAUUAAGUAAUUUUUAACUAAAUCCAAGUAAAGUGAAAUAUUUUGUAAACACUUUCAUUUAAUUAUUCUAACAGAUUGUUUAUAUUCUUGAUUAAAAAAAAUUGAAUCAAA